AUGGUUUCCCCGGGAAAUUGGCUCCAGGUUGUCGACAAUGAGCAACCAAAAUUAAAUACCCUACCAUCCUGUGUCACCGUGAGUGACAUAAAAUCCGAUAAUUAUGUUCGUCUUAUUGCCACCGACAUAGCCAUUGAUGAAGAACCACCAAGGGCCACACUGAAAGUAUUCCGUGGCAUAGAUUUGGAAUCGGAACAUGAACUGAAGGGUAUACCAUCGGCUAUUGUUAGUUUGUACAUCGAUGAUUCGGAACCCAAAACGCCAAUUGUUGCUGUGGCCAUUGCCGAAGCGGUAUUAUUUUAUCGUCACAUUAAACCCUAUUUCAAAUAUACCCUGCCUGAGCUGCCGGUAUUGGACGAAGAGAGGGACAUAUGGCGUAAACUCAAUUUGGUGGGAGUGGAUGAACAGGAGGCUCUUAUUGAACAAUUGAAGACCUUGGAGCGUCCCAAGUUGACAAGGAAGUCUCAGCAUUUGUUGAAUCUUCUGCCACCGGAAAUGAAUGACUUCAUACGCCAACAAGCCGAAGGUUCACUCAUACGCUAUUCCAAUGUUGUGGCACUCAAAUGUUUGGCCCGAGUCUCAAGCGGAGAUUCCCAGCCACCCUCGCAUUUGGUCAUUGCCACAGAUAUGGGUGAAAUUAUUAUUGUGGAGCCGCAAAGUUUUGGUGUCUUGUAUCGGGUUAUGGCAUGUCCUGACAUUACCCCAAGUAUGUUGGCUGUGAACGGUUGCUUUGAAACGGAUUUCUGCAUUGCCAUUGCCACCCGUUAUGGCUCCGUUUAUUUGCUACGCAAAACAGCCACUGAGGGUCAAGAAAUCUUUAAGCUAAGUUAUCCCCUAACCGGCCUAGUCCUUCUCCCCAUAGAUCAAACAAUUGUUGUCUCAUCAAUGGAUAAGAAAUUGGUUUGUUAUUCGAAAAAAGGCAAGCAGCUGUAUAUGGUGCCGUUGGCGGAACAGCCCAUAUGCAUGACAAUGAUAAAUUUAAAUCAUUUGGGAUUGUCGCUAAUCUGUGUGGCCCUCGAAGGGGGUCUGGUGCAAUUCUAUAUGCAAAAAUAUCUGGUGGAUGAAUUUCAAAUUGAAGGCACCGUCAGUUCGAUGGUCUUCGGGUAUUUGGGUUUGGAGGAACAUGUUUUGUGUUUGACCACCCUGGAGGGAGAUUUGAUUAUCAAAAUUCUGAAAAGGACAGCCACCUUUGAACCCAGUCAAAAUGUGGCUGGGCGGGGAUUUCUCAACGCCAACGAUAUGGUGCAUUCUUCGGUUUUGGAAAAACCCAAAAAGAGCUCGAUUUUUGUGGAACAGGUGGCCAGAGAGAAACAGAAUGCAAAGGCAACCUAUGGCAGUUUCCAGGUGGAAUUAUGGCGUUUGAGGCAUACAGCAGCCCGAGCCACAGUGGAUGCUUUGAAUUCUUCGGAACGCACCAUUUCUGGAGAUAUUACUCAUGCUCCUGUCAAAUUAUCGGCUGAGGUGUGUGGUGUUGGUCCCGUUUUUCGUUUAUACUUGACCAUACAGAAUUUGUCCACCUAUAAAAUGGCCUCGAAUUUAAUGGUGCUGCUGCAUGCGAAUCGCAGGCAUUAUACCAUACAAAAAUCGGUGGCAAAGCUCCCCAGCAUUUUACCCGGUGUCCCACUCAAAAUCGAUUUUGAAAUCGUGGCCGUUUUGGAUCCAAAUGAUAAAUUACCACCACACACAUUGACACCUGAGAACUCACACAUACGAGUAAUGAUAACCAAAACGCAGCAGACCAAACCUUUGAUAGCGGCCGUCAUUGCAAUGCCCCAAUCAGAAGCCAAUUUCUAAAGCAUACAUUA